UUUCGAUUACCGGAGUCUAAUCAAAGUGGAGUAAGACAGAAAUGCAUCUUAUAUUUUAUUUUCUGCUGUCAUUCCUAGAUGGGUUCUCUACAGAUGACCUGACCUUUCAGACAAAAACUGUGGUUGUUGGCGAUCAUGUGAAGUUGGGAUGUUCGCGCAGAUCUGCAGGCAAUGUGUUUUGGAUGAGAACCAUUUCUGGAAAUCCUCCUGAAUUUUUGGACAACUAUUGGAGCAAACCAAAACUUGCAUAUAAAGCUGGAAUACUUGAGCUGCAAAUUGCUGAUACAAGUCUACAUGAUACAGCAUUUUACAUUUGUGUGAGAAAAAAGGAUGGAACUAUUUUGUCUUUGAAUCUAACAUACCUUAUAGUUCAAGAACCUGCUGUGUCCAAAGUCCCUUCAUCUGCUCCAGAAUGUUCAGAGAACUCCCUGACUUUGCAAUGUUCGGUUCUUCAGGAUUUUCAGAAUAAGUCGUGUCCAUCAGAUGAGAACGUGUUCUGUUUCAGUGCGGAAUCAAAGCACUCAAACACAAACAGGACUGCAGAAAGCAGCGGAGAUGCUGCUGUGAAGGAUUUCUGUUUCUCAAUUUUCUUUAAAAAUCUGACUUCUUCUGGGGAUUUGAAAUAUUACUGUGCUAUACCCAAAUGUGAGGAGAGGAUCCAGAAAAAUGAAUCACUGUCUCAAUUUGAAGUAAACACAUGGAACUCAAACACGGCAGAUGUAGUCAGAAACAUGCUCAUCGCUGCUUUGGUUGUAAGUCAGAUGUUGAUAGCAUUCCUGUUUUAUUUGGUAAAAAAACUAAAGAAAGAAUCAAAAAGUUGUUGUCAUGAUGCAGUCCUUCAACAAAUGCAAAUAUCGACCACAGACCUUCAAAAUCAACAGGAAAAUGAAGACGUGCUGGUUUAUUCAGCAGCAGUUUUCAGCAGAAGAAUAUCCUCUAAAAAAGAGACAAGAGACCAAGAUGAUGACAACAAAGAAGAGACUAUCUACACAAAUAUUUCUGUUCAUGAGCUUUGAAAUGCAUAACAAAAUAAAAAUAAAGAUGUAUAUAUAGCACACAG